AUGUCUUCCCUUUUUUCUCCUACUUUGGUGUCUCCUUUUUUUUUUUUCUCCUGCUUUGGCAUCGUCUUCCUUCCCCCCUUCUUUGGUGUCUUCCCUCUCCCCCUCUUCUUUGGUGUCUUCCUUUCCCCCCUCUUCUUUGGUGUCUUCCUUUCCCCCCCUCUUCUUUGGUGUCUUCCUUUCCCCCCUCUUCUUUGGUGUCUUCCUUUUCCCCCCCUUUUGGUGUCUUACUUUUUCCCCCUACUUUGGUGCCUUUUUUUUUUUUACUUUGGCGUCUUCCUUUUUUUCUCCUACUUUGAUGUUUCCUUUUUUUCUCCUGCUUUGGCGUCUUCUUCCUUUUUUCUCCUGCUUUGGGGUCUUCUUCCUUUUUUUUUUCUCCUGCUUUGGGGUCUUCUUCCUUUUUUUUUUUCUCCUGCUUUGGGGUCUUCUUCCUUUUUUUUUUCUCCUGCUUUGGGGUCUUCUUCUUUUUUUUUCUCCUGCUUUGGCGUCUUCUUCCUUUUUUUUUCUCCCUACUUUGGCGUCUUCUUUCUUUUUUUCCCUCUACUUUGGCAUCUUCUUCCUUUUUUUCCCCCGACUUUGGUGUCUUUCUUUUUUCCCCCCCGACUUUGGUGUCUUUCUUUUUUUCUCCCCGACUUUGGUGUCUUUCUUUUUUUCCCCCCGACUUUGGUGUCUCCUUUUUUUUCUUACUUUGGUGCCUUCCUUUUAUUCUCCUACUUUGGUGUCUUCCUUUUAUUCUCCUACUUUGGUGUCUUCCUUUUAUUCCCCCUACUUUGGUGUCUUCUUCCUUUUUCCCCCUACUUUGGCGUCUUCUUCCUUUUUCCCCUACUUUGGCGUCUUCUUCCUUUUUCCCCCUUUUUUGCGUCUUCUUCCUUUUCUCCCUACUUUGGCGUCUUCUUCCUUUUUCCCUCUUUGGCGUCUUCUUCCUUUUUCCCUCUACUUUGGCGUCUUCUUCCUUUUUCCCUCUACUUUGGCGUCUUCUUCCUUUUUCCCCCCCGACUUUGGUGUCUUUCUUUUUUUUCCCCCGACUUUGGUGUCUUUCUUUUUUUUUCCCCCGACUUUGGUGUCUUUCUUUUUUCCCCCGACUUUGGUGUCUUUCUUUUUUUCCCCCCCCGACUUUGUGUCUUUCUUUUUUCCCCCCCCGACUUUGGUGUCUUUCUUUUUUUCCCCCCCGACUUUGGUGUCUUUCUUUUUUUCCCCCCCGACUUUUGGUGUCUUUCUUUUCCCCCGACUUUGGUGUCUUUCUUUUUCCCCCCGACUUUGGUGUUUUUUUUUUUCCCCCCGACUUUGGUGUCUUUCUUUCCCCCCCUACUUUGGUGUCUUCCUUUCCCACCCUUCUUUGGUGCCUUCCUUUUUUACUUACUUUGGUGUCUUCCUUUUAUUCCCCCUACUUUGGUGUCUUCCUUUUAUUCCCCCUACUUUGGUGUCUUCCUUUUAUUCCCCCUACUUUGGUGUCUUCCUUUUAUUCCCCCUACUUUGGUGUCUUCCUUUUAUUCCCCCUACUUUGGUGUCUACAUUUUUUCCCCCUGCUUUGGUGUCUACAUUUUUUCCACCUACUUUGGUGUCUUCUUUUUAUUUCCCCUUAUUUUGGCGUCUUCUUCCUUCUUUUUCCCCUUAUUUUGGCGUCUUCAUCCUUCUUUUUCCUCUUAUUUUGGCGUCUUCUUCCUUUUUUUUCCUAUUAUUUUGGCGUCUUUUUCCUUUUUUUUCCUCUUAUUUUGGCGUCUUCUUCCUUUUUUUUUCUCUUAUUUUGGCGUCUUCUUCCUUUUUUUCCUCUUACUUUUGACGUCUUCUUCCUUUUUCCUCUUACUUUGA